AUGGCAUCAUCUCCAGCAAGAAAAUGGCCCUCGAGAGAAGGCUUCACGGCCGACGUACUGAGUAAUUGGAUUCAACGCACACUGCUCGAUCCAGUGAAGCUCUUACCUCUCCUCGCAUUAGCCCAAUACACCAUCAAGGGUCGUGAGGUCAUUCAAUCCCGCCCUCACCUCCUCAAAGCACUCAAAUCCCUCGCAACAAUAGCUAUCCUCCAACGACUCAGCGCUUGGCUAGACAAACGCAGCAUCAACAACGCCGUCACAGACCACUACAACUGGAACAAAGAAGUUAUCGUCCUAACAGGCGGCAGCGGCGGAAUAGGCCGUCGCAUCGCCCAACUCCUCGGCGAACGCUCCAUUAAGGUCGCAAUCCUAGACAUAUCACCACCCUCCCCCACCGACCCGCUCCCACACACCGUCCGCUUCUACAAAUGCGACAUCACUUCCCCAACAGCAAUCGCCGAGUCCGCGUCCCAAAUCCGCGCCACCCUCGGCCGCCCAACAAUCCUAAUCAACAAUGCAGGCCUAUUAACCGGUCGUACUAUCCUAGGCACAACACCCGAACAAACCCGCGCGAUGUUCGAAGUUAACUCCCUCGCGCACUACUGGCUUGCCCAGGAAUUCUUACCAGACAUGGUCUCUGAUAACCAUGGAAUGGUGGUGACUGUUGCUUCGCAGGCUGGAUAUGCUGUUGCGCCCAAUAUGGUCGAUUACUCUGCUACUAAGGCGGCGGCUAUUGCUUUUCAUGAAGGUUUGGCUGCGGAGUUGGUGACCAGGUACUCUGCUCCGAAGGUUAGGACUGUGCUUGUUACGCAGAGUUUUACGAGGACAACACUCAUUGAUCGGUUGACGCCGGAGGAUUCUUUUGUUAAUCCGUUGCUUUAUCCGGAGACUGUUGCUGAGGCUUUGGUGAAGCAGGUUCUUAAGGGGGAGAGCGGGCAUGUUAUGGUUCCUGGUUCUUCGGGGUAUAUUGCGGAGAGGUUGAGGGGGUAUCCGCUUUGGUUUCAGCAUUCUAUUCGGUGUCGAUUGGAGAGAUUGAUGAGGGCUGAUUGA